AUGGAGAGCAGCGCUGGCAAUGAAGCUGGCAAUGAAGUUGGCUUGGAGCCGGAUGGACGUCAACACCAGGAUGAAGGCCGACGGACAGACAGACUUGCCAAAGAGCGAGUUCGGCAGAUGUACUUGGGAAGUUGCAUGCUUCGCUUCGGCAAAGCUUGGCGCCAUUGCCGACGACUGCCGGCAUGGCAGCGCUUCCUGCUGUGGUGCGUCGCUUGGUUGGCCUUCUUGCAGCUUGCCGAUUCUGGGAGGUCUAAUGGGCCGUCUAGUUGGGCGAUGAUUGGAGUGACAGGCUCUGCCAAGGCGGCAGGAUCGGAGCCUAGAGGGCCCAGCGUGCUGGUGGAGGCUAAGCCGAAGACGUGGAGCAAAGAGCCGAACACGAACCGGCCGUUCGGAGAAGAUAAGGACGGAAGGGUCAGAGGUGCAGACAGUACGGCAGAGGAGGAAGAAAAUGACGACGAUGAGGACGAUGAAGACGCAGACGAGGAUGAUGACGGGGAUGAUGACGAGGAUGAUGAGGACGAUGACGACGAAGACGAGGCAGGGGAUGACGACAUCGAAGACAAGCUCGACGAGCAGGAGAAAAUGAUCGAUAAAGACCGUGGCAAAGAAGAGGACAAGACUUGGAGAGUGAAAGCCGCGAGCUCUGAUGAAACCCUGCAGGAAGAGGUCGCCUCCAUCAUGCAAGGAGAGGCUGGAUCUUGCUCGCAGCCAACAAAUUCCUCAACUGAUGUUUGUUGCCGCGGCGCCGUGGCGCGGAUACAGACCACCGCCAAGCUGAGGAGUUCGUAUUUGCAAUCUCCACGAGACCCGACGAACCUCCAGAGCUGGUGGUCUCAGUUGGCGCCUUCCACAGCAAGGUGGGGGCAGCUUUCGGUGCCACGUCUCGGUAGUGUUGGGAGCUGA